AUGUAUGUAGAGGUCACCAAUCGAGUAAGGAGCACUGUGGGAACAACAGAAAAGUUUAGUGUAAGAGUUGGUUUACAUCAAGGUUCAACUCUCAUCCCCCACCUCUUUGAUCUUGUGAUGGAUGUUAUUACAUCAGAUGUCAGAGAAGAGGUCCCUUUGAGUGUGAUGUUUGCUGGUGAUGUUGUUUUGGUGACCUUGACUAGAGAAGGAGUGGAGAUAAAACUAGAGUUGUGGAGACAAGCACUUGAAGAUCGAGAUUUAAGGAUAAGCAGAGCUAAGACGGAAUAUCUGUGGAUGGGAGGGAAAGGAAAACAGGGUGCAGUAAAAUUAGGUUUAGGGGACAUCAAGAGGGUUGCAACUUUCAAGUACCUAGGGUCCUGUGUGAUGGAGGAUAGAGACAUAGACUCUGAAAUAAACCACAGUAUACAGUGUGCUUGGAUGAAUUGGAGAUCAUCGGGGAUAUUAUGGACAAAAAGAAGAGUGCAAAAGUAA